AUGGCCGCCGCCGCCGGUCCUCGGCUGCUCCCCUUGCUCCUGCUGCUGCUUCAGUUGCUCGCCGCCGCCGCGUCCGGUGUGACGUACGACCACCGCUCCCUCGUCAUCUCCGGCCGCCGCCGCCUGCUCAUCUCCGCCUCCAUCCACUACCCCCGCAGCGUCCCCGCGAUGUGGCCCAAGCUGGUGGCCGAGGCCAAGGACGGCGGCGCCGACUGCAUCGAGACCUACGUCUUCUGGAACGGCCACGAGACCGCCCCCGGCAAGUACUACUUCGAGGAGCGGUUCGACCUGGUGCAGUUCGCGAGGGUCGUCAAGGACGCCGGGCUCUACCUCAUGCUGCGCAUCGGCCCCUUCGUCGCCGCCGAGUGGAACUUCGGGGGCGUGCCUGCGUGGCUGCAUUACAUACCUGGAACGGUGUUCCGGACGAACAACGAGCCAUUCAAGUCUCACAUGAAGAGCUUCACGACGAAAAUCGUGGACAUGAUGAAGGAAGAACGGUUCUUCGCUUCGCAGGGAGGGCACAUCAUCCUAGCUCAGAUUGAAAAUGAGUAUGGGUAUUAUCAACAAGCGUAUGGAGCUGGUGGCAAGGCAUAUGCAAUGUGGGCAGGUAGUAUGGCUCUGGCGCAGAACACUGGCGUCCCUUGGAUCAUGUGUCAGCAGUACGAUGUUCCUGAUCAUGUGAUAAACACCUGUAAUUCGUUCUACUGCGAUCAAUUCAAGCCAAAUUUGCCAACCCAGCCAAAAAUUUGGACAGAGAAUUGGCCAGGAUGGUUCCAGACUUUUGGUGAAAGUAACCCCCACAGACCCCCUGAGGAUGUUGCGUUUUCUGUUGCACGUUUUUUUGGGAAAGGUGGCAGCGUUCAGAAUUACUAUGUGUACCAUGGUGGAACGAACUUUGAUCGUACUGCUGGAGGGCCGUUCAUUACAACUAGCUAUGACUAUGAUGCACCAAUUGAUGAAUAUGGCCUUAAACGACUUCCAAAAUGGGCACAUCUGAAGGAGCUUCACAAAUCUAUAAAAUUGUGUGAACAUAGUCUGCUUUCUGGAAACUCAACGUUACUCUCUCUUGGACCUCAACAAGAGGCUGAUGUUUACACUGAUCACUCAGGAGGAUGUGUUGCAUUCCUGGCUAACAUUGAUUCAGAAAAGGACAACGUUGUCGCUUUCAGGAACAGACAAUAUGAUCUUCCUGCUUGGUCAGUUAGCAUCCUACCUGACUGCGAGAAUGUGGUUUUCAACACUGCGAAGGUUCGAUCUCAAACUUUGAUGGUGGACAUGGUUCCAGAAACUUUGCAAGCAUCAAUACCUCAUCAGUGGAGCAUUUUCACAGAGAGAAUCGGCAUUUGGGAUAAAAAUGACUUUGUACGAAAUGAAUUUGUGGACCAUAUUAAUACAACAAAAGACUCUACUGAUUAUCUGUGGCACACUACAAGUUUUGAUGUGGACAAAAGUUAUCCUGCAAGUGGGAACCAUCCCAUUCUUAAUAUCGGCUCCAAAGGCCAUGCUGUUCACGCUUUCCUGAAUAAUAUGCUCAUAGGUAGUGCAUAUGGUAAUGGCUCAGAAUCAAGUUUCAGUGUGCAUAUGCCCAUCAACUUGAAGGCUGGGAAGAAUGAAAUUGCACUACUGAGCAUGACUGUUGGAUUGAAAAGUGCAGGACCCUAUUAUGAAUGGGUGGGAGCUGGCCUUACAAGUGUGAACAUCUCUGGAAUGAAAAAUGGAACCAUAGACUUGUCUUCAAAUAAUUGGGCAUACAAGAUUGGGUUGGAAGGUGAACACUACGGUUUAUUUAAGCCCGACCAAGGGAAUAACCAAAGGUGGAGGCCACAAUCUGAGCCACCAAAACAUCAGCCUUUGACAUGGUACAAGGUGAAUGUUGAUGUCCCACAAGGAGAUGACCCAGUUGGGCUAGACAUGCAGUCCAUGGGGAAAGGCCUGGUUUGGUUGAAUGGAAAUGCCAUAGGGAGGUAUUGGCCCAGGACAAGUCCUACUGAUGACAGGGCUGGAUGUGGAAAGCCAACUCAAAGAUGGUACCACGUCCCAAGGUCAUGGUUUCACCCAUCAGGGAACACCCUUGUGGUCUUUGAGGAGCAGGGUGGAGAUCCCACGAAGAUUACAUUCUCGAGGAGAGUCGCGACAAGUGUUUGCUCCUUUGUCUCGGAGAACUAUCCUUCCAUAGACUUGGAGUCCUGGGAUAAAAGCAUCUCAGAUGGUAACCCAGUAGCAGCAAAAGUAGAGCUGUCUUGCCCCAAGGGCAAAAACAUCUCUUCAGUCAAGUUUGCGAGCUUCGGAGACCCCAGUGGAACCUGCAGAUCCUACCAACAGGGAAGCUGCCACCAUCCAGACUCUCUAUCUGUUGUUGAGAAGGCCUGUCUGAACAUCAACAGCUGUACAGUUUCGCUGUCAGACGAGGGAUUCGGAGAAGAUCCAUGCCCCGGCGUCACCAAAACACUUGCCAUUGAAGCAGACUGUUCUUAA